AUGGGACACCAAGAUAGUCUCGGAGGCAGUGACUUGCCGGUCAAGAAUGCACGCGACUGGUCUGGCAAACCCUCGCUGACAGUAGCCCCCCAGUCAUCAGUGAUGCAAGCAAUGCAUGGAAUUUUGGCCCAACCAGGCAUACGGUCCCUGGGCCCUGGUGCGCCGUCCACGGAGUACUUUCCUUUCUACAGUAUCGACUUUGAGGUCGGCUCGACAGACGCAUUCGAAACCGUGGAUAAGAAGAUCCCCGACACGACCACUUCCAUCCACGCCGGCAAGCACGACAGUAUUGCCGGAACCAGCAUCUAUGACCUGGCCAUCGGACUGCAAUAUGGACUAGGCACGGGUUCGAAGCAGCUGGUCAAGUUUUUGACGGAACAUGUCCAGCUCGUUCACAACCCACCAUAUCGCAAUUGGCAAACAAUACUCAGUGCUGGCAAUACUUCCGCCUUUGAAAUCAUUCUUCGUAUGCUCGGUCAGACUGGAGAGUACCUGCUGGUUGAGCAACAUACCUACACAACGGUUUUUGAGACUGGUCUCCCGCUGGGCUUCAAAUUUGCCCAAGUGCUCAUGGAUAAAGACGGUCUUCUUCCAGAUGACCUGGAUCUUGUUCUCUCAACUUGGGACGAGUCCGACCGCGGCGGUAAGAAACCGCGUCUGCUGUACACCAUACCGACUGGCCAAAAUCCCACAGGCAUCACGCAGCCUUUGUCUCGUCGACGGGAGAUUUAUCGUAUUGCCCAGAAACACGAGCUGUUCAUCAUUGAAGAUGACCCCUACUACUUCAUCCAGCUACCGGUGUACCGACCCGGGGAGAGUGCCACAGCGACCACCGCCUCCGUCACAUCAGUAGAGAAGUACAUCGAGACUCUGAUCCCCAGCUACCUCCGCCUUGACACCGACGGGCGCGUCCUGCGUAUGGACUCUUUCUCCAAGAUCGUCGCACCAGGCGCCCGCAUGGGCUGGGUAACAGCCUCGGAGCAAGUCAUCGAGCGUAUGAUUCGCGCACACGAGGUUUCCGUACAAAAUCCAAGCGGAUUCUCGCAGAUUGCCAUAUUCAAGCUGCUACACGAUAGUUGGGGUCAUCUGGGAUUCGUCAGAUGGCUGGCGCAUUUGCGAGGAGAGUAUACAAAGCGGCGAAACAGUCUUCUCGAGGCCUGUGAUGUUUUCCUCCCACGUGAAAUUGUUCGCUGGGUACCCCCCACCGGCGGGUUCUUCGCUUGGAUCACUAUCGACUGGAUGCAACAUCCCCAAGCAAGCAGUCAAACCAAGUUGCAGAUUGAGAAGGAAAUCUACGAUGCGGCCAUCGAGCGCGGGGCACUGGUUGUGCCAGGAAGCUGGUUCUUGCCGGAUGAGGGCAGAGGAGGAAUGGAAGGGGUAUUUUUCCGUAUGACCUAUGCGGCAGCCUCUGUAGGAGACAUGAGGGAAGCGGUUCAGCGACUGGGAACAGCGCUGCGUGUGGUUUUCAAGCUAGACAAUGCGGGCGAAGUUGUAGAGUCACGAUUGUGA